AUGGAUUCUCUUUAUAAAGUAUGCCGGAUCCCUAGUAAAGGGGAAGGUCUCAUCGCGGCUACGGAUAUCACGCGCGGCCAGCUCAUACUUUCAGAAGCCCCUCUCUUUCGAUACACGGACCAGCGGUUCAACGACCGCGGAGAGCCCUUCAGAGAAUAUAAUAAAUUGGGGCGAGCCAAGCAGAAGAAAGUUUGGAAGCUCUUCGAUGUGACCGGAAAUCGAAACCGAGCUGAGGAUCUCGAGCUCGUGAUGCGCAUCAACGGCAUCAAACUCAGGGACCCCAACCACGAUAUGAUGUAUGGGCUAUUCGAGGUCGCCUGUCGAAUCAACCACUCUUGUCUCCCCAAUACUCAUUCCUCCUGGGACCCAGAAAAGGGCACGAUUGAGAUCUAUGCGACGCAGAGCAUCCCACAGGGCGAGGAGAUAACAAGCACAUACAUUGGAAACCUUGGUGAUUUUGCCGAUCGCCAGCAAAGCCUGUCAUCCAUCUUCAAAUUCACCUGCCGGUGCCGUCUAUGCACACUCCCAGAAGAAGAUCGAGAAGCGAGUGACCUCCGCAUCCACGAGAUCAACAAUCUACGCCAGCAAGAAGUAUCGACGCUCGACCAGAUCCGGGAGUUACUCCAGUUAUACGCACAAGAGUCCAUCGUCGACUGGCAACCAGUUGAAGCUUACGAAGGUGCAUGGCGGCUUGCAAGACGCUCCGGAUACAGGACCAGAGCUCGCAUCUUUGCUGAGCGUGGAGUAAAGCUUUGCGCUGAGAUCGAAGGUAUUGAUGGUGCGAAUACAGUCGAAUGGCGAAAGCGGGCGAUGGACUGUGGAGAUGAGGACGAAGAGAUGCCAGAGGAUGAAGAGGAGUUUGAGGAGCGACUCUUCGGAGAGCUGGAAGUGAAGGAGAACGUUGAUGGCUGGGGAGACUGGUUUUAG